GUUCAGUAGUCAGAGCUAUCGGCAGUUACAGGCACAGGAAGAGCAAGAGAGGGAGAGAGCGCAGAGAAGAAGAGUCAAGGCUUCCUACUCAGCGCACUGAUAUCUCAACUCGCAGUGGUUUCGGAAAGGUGUCCAUCAACCCCUCUCUGCCUGCUGAAAAAAUGAUUCCAAAAAUCGUCCUGUUUGGUUUGCUGGUCUGCGGCAGCCAAGCUGUCUUACAGGUGUCCAUUUCAUUGAACAAGGUUGAGCUUAGUGUCGGAGAGUCCAAAUUCUUCACCUGCACAGUCAUUGGUGAGCCAGAGAGUCUGACCUGGUACAACCCUCAGGGAGAGUCCAUUGUGUCCACCCAAAGGGUGGUCCUAUACACCGAAGGUGUGCGCUCGCGGCUCACUAUCUACAAUGCCAUUGUGGAGGACGCCGGCAUUUAUCGUUGCCAGGCCAAGGACGCCAAGGGUCUGACACAGGAGGCCACAGUGGUGCUGGAGAUCUAUCAGAAGCUGACGUUCCGGUCCGUUCAGACGCCACAGGAGUUCCGGCAGGGCGAGGAUGCCGAGGUGAUCUGCGAUGUCAUCAGCUCGCCGGUUCCAGCGGUGUCCUGGUUCUACAAGAAUAAAGAGAUUCUCUCUGAGCCAAACAACAGGUUCCAAGUGCUAUCUAACAACAACCUUCAGAUCCUGCGCGUGGGCAAGUCGGACGAGGGUGUGUAUCGCUGCGAGGCUCGUGUCGAGGCCAGAGGCGAGAUCGAUUUCAGAGAUAUCGCUGUGGUCGUCAAUGUGCCUCCGGUUCUGUCUGUGCCGCAGCAGUCCUUUAAUGCCACUGCUGAUGCAGACGAGUCGGUCACCUUCACCUGCAUCAGCUCCGGAUCACCUGACCCACAGGUCACCUGGCAUAGGAAGGGCCAGCUGAUCCAGAGCUCGGAGCAGCACGUGCUGGCCACUCUGGAGGGUGGCCGCAGCACGCUGAUGGUGCGGCGCGUGGGCCAGGGCGAUGGCGGGCCUUACACCUGCCGCGCCACCAACAAAGCCGGCAUCCUGGAGAGUCAGCUGGUCCUCAAAGUCUUUGGUGAGAGAACCACAUACUCGUUUAGUGCAGAAGGUCGUGUAGAGGUGCGGGGCCGCCAUGGGAAGUCCAUGCUCACCAUUAACGGUGUGCGCCUGACAGACUUGGGCCGCUUCGACUGCGAGGCAAAGAGUCGUAUCGGAGAACACCAGAAAAGCAUGUACCUGGACAUCGAGUAUGCCCCAAAGUUCCAGAACAACCACACCAUCUUCUAUUCGUGGGAGGGCAACCCUGUGAACAUCAGCUGUGAGGUGAUGUCCAACCCACCGGCCACCAUUCUGUGGCGGCGUGAGCGCUACACCAUUUCCAGCGAGCCAACCGCCAACACACGCGUCCACAGUGGCCCUGGGCGCUCACUCCUAGAGGUCACCCCGAUGUCAGAGAGGGAUUUUGGCCGCUACAACUGCACGGCGCGGAACAACAUUGGUGCACGCUACCAGGAGUUUAUCUUGGCUCAGGCAGAUGUCCCCUCAAACCCGUACUCUGUCCGUCUGACUGCUGUAGCCCAGCGGAUCGCCACGGUGGCCUUCAUGAAGCCCGACUCUCACGGUGGCGUUCCCAUUGGCCACUAUUUGGUCAAUUACAAAGAGCCAGCUCAUCAGGAGUGGAGGUCGGUGAGGUCACAUGGAGUCCAGACCACAGUGGAGCUCACUAACCUGGAGCCCAACACCACCUACGAGGUGCGUGUUGCAGCAGUGAAUGGCAAGGGCCAGGGGGAGUUCAGCCACACAGAGACUUUCCAGACCCUCCCCAUCCGUGAGCCUAGCCCCCCCACGGUGCUCGGUCAGAGAGGGGUGGGGAAGGCGUAUCGGCUGGGACUCACCAAACAGGAUGACGGGGGCAUGCCCAUCGUGGAGUACAUCGUCAAGUACAAACCGGAUAAGGAUGACCAGUGGAUGACCAAGCUGGUCCCUGGCGUGAGCGAGUUUGCCCUGCUCCAGCCCCUGCAGUGGAACACGCGCUAUAGUGUGGAGAUCACCGCACGUAACAUCAAAGGCCUGUCCGAGCCCACCUACUUCACCUUCCUCAUGCCCCAGAAGCCGGACAUCACAGCAGACUCCCUCUUCAGCAGCCUGGGCCUGGGCGCGGUGGUGGGUCUGGGUGUGGCAGCCGUGCUGCUGCUGCUGGUGCUGGUGGACGUCAGCUGCUUCUUCCUGCGCCAGUGUGGCCUGCUCAUGUGCCUCACCCGACGCCUGUGCAGCCGCAAGAGCGCCACCAGCGCCAAGGGCAAGGAGCUGGAGGAGGGCAAGGCUGCGUACCUGGGCGAUGGGUCCAAGGAGCCCAUUGUUGAGAUGAGGACAGAAGAGGAGAGAAUAACAAACGCAGAGGAUGGGAGCCCUAUGAACGAGCCCACUGAGACCACCCCCCUCACUGAGCCAGAGAAACUCCCGUUGAAAGAGGAGAAUGGCAAGGAGGUCCUCAAGCCAGAUACCAUCGAGAUCAAAGUCCAUGGCGAAAACAGCCACCACACAAAUGCCGGCGACAGCAAGGCAUAAUGUGCCCCCCCCCCCCCCCCCCCCCCUCCCGCUUUGAAACUUCACCCCUCCUCAGUAUCUUUUUCCCCAAUCCAAUUACGGAGAUUGACCUAGCCCAGCUGCACUGAGACCAAACCCAAGAAAUCAACAAAUGAACCGAGGAUGAAGGAAGAGUUCAAAGAAGAAAAAAAAUGUGGAACUGAAGGAAAUCCUCUAAGAACAAUGACUUUACUCAAGUGUGGCAGCACUCAUUUGUGAAGAGGAGCAUGUCAACAGAAAUUAUUUCCGUGUGUAUGUGUGUGUGUGUGUGUGUGUGUGUGUGUGUGUGUGCCUGUGUGUGAAAACGUGAGAGACAGGGGACCUGUGAUGGUGAUUCUGUUGAGGCUGAUUGCUGAUGAUUUUGAUUGUGUCCCAGUAAUGUUCUGUUGGCUCUCCCAGUCCCACCCCUCGUGUGUUUGGUGGAGCUACUUUAGUUUGUCCUUAUGCAGUGACCGUGGCUUCUUCAUCUGCUUCAGAACCAACAGUAUUUUUUUUUCUUCACAAUGCUUUAAAGCUUGUUUUUCUUAUGCACUGUAUGUACAUACAGGUCUGGAAUCUGAUUGUGUGUGUGGUGCCAAGAGACUGAGUGAGUUUGUGUGUGUGUGUGUAGGUUGAUGUGUGUAUGUCUACGUGUGCAGACCCAAUCGAGUUUUUGGGAGCAUGUAUAUGUGGACUUUAUAAGACUUUGUGUGAACCUGUUUUGUAUAUAACUUGAAAGACUUUAAAUUGCCCUGGCUUGUACAUAUUAUAUGAAGUAGAGCUCUAGUUACGUUGAAGUCAGUUAAGGAACUGAGGGACCCAGAACAGAUGAUAUUCCGUAUCAAGACACCGUAAUCUACCAAUCAAACUCAUGAAUCAAAAGAUUUAUAUAGUUAUUAUUUAGCAUUCAAAGAUUUAUUUUCACUUACAUAAAUGUAUAAAUAUUUUACCGUGGACCAUACAGGACUAAAAUGAAGUAUUAUUAUAUUUCGAGAUCAAAUAUUAUUCUAGAAAGGUAACCACUCUCCUGAAGAAGGAAAGAGAGAGAGAGAGUACCAGCAAGGUCUUUGCUUUUAUAUCGCACCAGCUUGUACGUAUAACUUUGACCUUAUUUUUCCCCCUCUAUUUGCACCUGAUUGCAUCAUGUGUUUAAAAAAAAAAAAAAAAAAAGAAAAUGCACAAGAAGUUGUAGUAUGUGGUAAUGUGGCGAUAUGAUGUUUUGCUUUGUGAGUAAAAACGACCUUACAAAUUCACCCCUGCACCCCUCCGCCCCACACACCUUCUCUUCAUUCUUUUAAAUGCUCAAAAUACUAAUCACUUUGCCUGGCUGGGGCUGGAGACAACUGAUCCAUUUGUCGUUCAUGUGUGUGAUAAGACGAUGCGCAUUAGUAGUGCUGCAUCUCAAGGAGACGCAGCUGGAAGACCUUGCAUCGCUGCUUCAGUAAGUUGCACGGAAGAAGAAAAAAAUAAACUCGGAUGCUGUACUGUUAAAGGAAGGGAAAGAAAGUUGAAAGCAUCGUAUUGCAGAUUUAGUUUGAAACGCUCUUGUCUGUAUGCUUGUACUUCUGUAGUGUUGUGUAAAUAACUCUGGAAAAAAAAAUUAAAUACAAAACUAAUUGAAGGGAGAGCAAUGUUCCCAAAAGCACUGAGUGAUUCACAAGAAGGAUCAGACUUCUUCAAAGCAAAAGCAAAUUGUGCGCCUCUUUAGGGCUGGGUGAUAUGGACCAAAACUGAUAUCCCGAUAUUUUGGGGCUGAUUGGCGAUAUACGAUAUCGAUACGAUAUUGAUAUUUCAAACAGAAAGAGCGGAGUGCUUCAUAUAGUCACUCAACACAACAAUUAUGACAACACAGACGGUUUUAAUUAUAUUCAUUUCAGACUGCUCUAACAGAAAAAAAGUGCAAAAAAGUAUAAACAAUAACAUAUACCAAUAGGCAUAAAGUUGCUCUGAGGGCUGUGCAAAUAACAAUAUUCGGUCGACCCUGAUUGGCAACACAGGCCUACAGCUUUACAACAAGAAAACAAUAAAGGUAACACAAAACAUAGGCUACUGUUAAAAGCCAAUAUAAUAAACCAAUUGGCAUACUGUGCAAAUAAGAAAAAAGUAGGCUACACAGCACAUACCUGUUUGUAAAUAUUUACAGUUUUUCUCA